AUGCUGCUCGGGUUUUUGCGCGUGCUCUGGAUGGAUGCAACAGAGGCCGCCACCUUCCUUCCGGGAGCCGAAGGAGUGCUGCGUGCGUCGGGCGGUUCACGCACUGUGCGCACAAACGAGCUGCGAUCGAUGCUGACCGAAGUAUCACGACCUGUCAGCGCAGCCAACGAAGCCAAAGUGCUUGAGUUCCUUUCGACCCGUUGCAAGCUGCUCAUGACCCAGUACAAGCCAACCAUCGCCGCGGAUCAGGAGCUGUCGCUGCUCGUGCUCGCGGUUGUGCGCCGAAUUUCUCGAGCGUUACUCCGUCAUCUCCGCCUUGUCGGCCAGCAGGUGAUCCACGCCUUGCCCACGAACAGCAUCAACAACGACACUGACAGCAUCGACAGCAACGACAACACAGACGACAACAACAUGUUCUCCCCUCAAAGCAGCUCAAACACAGUCACUCCUUCAGCCUCCCAUGGCAUGAACAACUCCGUCUCCAUCCCAGUCGACUCGCCGCGGCGCCUCGAUGACAUUCGCCGCUCCAUCUCGGGCUCGUCCAGCCCCCGCGGCGGCAGCAGCAGCGGAAAGCGCACGCUGUGGACGCUGCUCGGUGUCCACCGCCCGCCGCGCUCAGACCACCCGUCGACCUUCAGCCACGGCGUCUCGAGCAGGCGCAUCUGCGGCUUUCCACGCGACAUUGCGCUCAGCUUCUUGGCCGACUGGUUUGUCAUCCUCCUCAUGAUUGGCGCCGAGCUCGGCCUGCAGGUCGUCAAGCCAUACGAGCGCCUUGUUCUCCAGGAAGACCUCGACGAACUCAAGUAUCCGUUGCUCGGCAACACCAUCUCGACCGCCGUUCUCAUUAUCUGCUCCGUGGGCAUCCCGAUUGGCAUGAUCAUUCUGGUCUUUGUUUUCACGCGCAACCGCCGAGAUUUCCAUCAAGGGCUGAUGGGUAAGAACGCAUCAACGCAUUACGGUCUCGCUUUUUCGAUUAUUUUCGGGGUUGCUCACGCCCUGAGUCUUUUGCCCCGUGUCACCCCCGCGCGAAAUAUGCUAUCGGAAAAAACAGGUCUCUUUUUGACCAUCCUCUUCACGGCACUACUCACGGACUUUGUCAAGCUCACGGUCGGACGCCUGCGCCCGGAUUUCUUCUGGCGGUGCUUCCCUGACGGUGUCGAGCACAUGCUUCCCAACGGCCACCUCAACUGCACUGGCAUUCCCUCUGUCAUUGAAGAAGGCCGCAAGAGCUUCCCCAGUGGCCAUUCUUCAUGGUCGUUCGCUGGCCUGGGAUACCUGUCGCUCUACUUUGCGGGCAAGCUGCACACCUUCAACGGGCACGGCCAUGUUUGGAAGUUCUGGGUGUCCAUCCUUCCCCUUGCGCUUGCCCUGUACAUUGCAAUGACUCGCGUGAGCGAUUACUGGCAUCACUGGCAAGACGUGUCCGUUGGCACCAUCAUCGGCUUGUUCUUUGCUUGGGCGAGCUACCGUCAGUUCUUCCCAUCCAUUUUCGACGAGACGCCCUCGCUUCACAACGACCGUCGCUACAUAGCACUGACGGAGAUGGACGGCUAUUCCACGAAUAUCGGCGCCGAAAUGGUCUCCGAACGGGACGGAGCUGUUUGAUGAGUUUUGAGUUUCAGUGUUUUUGCACAACCCAGUUUGUUUUUUUGUCUUGCUUUUCAGAAAAGCCAAUGCAAUUGCAUGUUUCUUUUGUC